GUGCGCGAUCGCGAUUACCUGAAGCCGGACGAUGAUCUGGGCCGCGUGGAGCUGCCGAUCAAGGAGGUGGUGUCGACGGUGAAGGGCGGCACCCGCGGCCUGGUGGAGGGGUGGUACGACCUCACAGGGCGCGGCGCGGGCAAGAACCCGGGGCGGGUGGAGCUGCGGGUGCAGUACCGCGGUUACCAGUGA